AUGUGGGCAGUGAGACGAGGUGUGGCCGUCAGUGGAGCACCUCCUCCUCCCAUCCUCGUGCAGCAGCUGGGAGGCCAAUCCCCACCCUCCUCAUGCCAGCAGCAGGCCCAGGUGCCGUCCCUGCUGUGGGCAGACACCAUGGCUCUGCAGCCCAGUGGCCUCCUGCUGUUGCUGGCUGUUCCUGGUGUCUUCCGUGAGGCUCUGCAGCCGGUGUGUGGCUGGCCCCAGAUUCCAUACACAGGGGGCCGAAUUGUGGGAGGUCACGCUGCCCUAGCUGGUGCAUGGCCGUGGCAGGCAAGCAUCCGCUUGCGGAAGGUGCACGUGUGUGGAGGCUCCCUGCUCAACCCGGAAUGGGUGCUCACAGCUGCUCACUGCUUCUCCGGGUCCCUAAACUCCUCUGACUACGAGGUACACCUGGGAGCAUUGACAAUCACCCUGUCCCCCCAUUUCUCCACGGUGAGGCACAUUGUCCUGUACGCUAGCUCCCCGGGACCCCCGGGGUCCAGCGGCGACAUAGCUCUGGUGCAGCUGGGUGCCCCAGUGUCCUUCUCCAGACAGGUCCAACCCGUGUGCCUCCCCGAGGCCUCAGCUGACUUCCACGCUGGAACGCGGUGCUGGGUGACAGGCUGGGGCUACACGCGGGAGGGAGAGCCCCUGCGGCCCCCAUACAAGCUACAAGAGGCAGAAGUCUCUGUGGUGGAUACGCAGACGUGCAGCCAGGCUUACGCCAGCCCCAACGGCAGCAGAAUUCAGCCAGACAUGCUGUGUGCCCAAGGCCCUGGGGACGCCUGUCAGGAUGAUUCCGGGGGACCACUGGUCUGCCAGGUGGCUGGGACCUGGCUUCAGGCUGGUGUGGUAAGCUGGGGCGAGGGCUGUGGCCGCCCUGAUCGGCCCGGGGUGUACACACGAGUCCCUGCCUACGUAAACUGGAUCCGCCACCAUGUCCCGGAACUAACAGGACCAGGAAUGAGGGCGCUCCACUGGCUCCUGCUGCUGGCUAGCCUCUUCCUGCCAGUCCUCCUCCUGCUGCUUGUCUCGGCGGUGCUGGUGGCCAAGUGCUGGCUGGGACCUCCCUCCCCCAGGACCACAGACCCCUGA